UAAAGUUUGUUAUUUAUAGGAGCCAAGUGGAUCAAGUUUAUGAAUGAUGUUUACUUGUAGGAUAUCAUAACGGUUUUGUAAAUCGGGGAUUUGAUCAUUUAAUUCGCGUAUUUUGUAACCUUUUGGGCAUAAUUGACAAUGGAGUACAGUGGUUUUUGCUUAUAAGGAGUUCUUCGUGAUUCAGGGAAAGGAUAUCAGAUUUGCUGAUAAACUUUACUAUUCACCAGCCCAGCAAAAGUAUUCACUCUGGACUGUAUGUAUGUAUCGGAUUUAAGAGGCAAUGUACGUAAAAGAGGUUAAUAGCAAAACGAAACUACAGAAGCUUAUUUAUUUCAUCAUUUAAAAAUUAAACAAAAAAGUUGUAUAUAAGAAAUUUAAGUGUCUUAUGGCCCGAUUUCAAAUUUAAUGAUUCCACCUUGAGUAAAUUUUAUAAUUUAUAAAAAUCGUUCGAGAAUUGUUUCCGUUCGAGAAAUGAUACCCUGUGGUCAUCAUGAUCAACAUCAUUGAAUGUCCUGUAUAAGAACUUGUUCGACAGCUGCAUCACUUUAAAACGGGGGCUUCACAACACUACGGUCGAAGUCUUUUGUUGACUAAAGGAAUAGAUAUGGCGACGAGCAGUGAUGAUUACGAGUCUCCGACACGGAUAGCAGACACGUUGCUCGAUGUGCACGCAAAACUGGAUAAUACUUUGGAAAUGGCAUAUUUAUCAGCCUUAAACAACCCUGUAAUUGAACAAGAGAUUCGUGCAAUAGCACGCGAGGCAUUAGAAAUUGAACGAUCAACUUGCACAAUGAUGCAGAUGCUGAACGAAAUCGCACGUCAUGUCGAAACAACACUUUUGCAGAUCGUACAAGAUGGCUUGGCUUGGAAAAAUCAGGAACUUACGAAAUCAGCUUUUGAGAAGAUCGAACAAUAUGCAGAAGAAAUGGCAAAAGAAACGUUGAAUUCCAAAAAUCGUUUCAAAAUCUUUGUCGAAAAGAUAGAAGGUCAAGUUGUUAUAAUUAAGAAGAAAGAGUUAGACCAAGAUAAUCGCAAAAAUAAAACGGAGAAGGCAGUUGAAACCGAAACUAAGGCCCUAAAGAGAUCCAAACUUCUUAGAGAGGAUAUGUUCAAGCAAGAAUACGAACGUGUAGUGGCCACCAGAGGGGAGGCGAUUGAGGCGAUUUGGCUGGAUAGUUGUGUAAGCGUUUCAGCUUUGGUAGCAAUAUUCGCAAAUCCAGUAUUCGGGGGCGCAGCGUUAACCUACUUUGUUGGCAGAACCGUACAUGCUAAAUGGCAAGCGAGAAGCGUGUCAAAGAGAAAAGCUGAUGAACGAAAGGCGAUUGUUGAGCUUGAUGAACGCAUUCAAACAAGAGAGCAGGAGAUAAGAAGGGAGAAGGACACAGAGUGGGGAGAGGAACAGAAAUGCUUGGAGUUGGCCCUGGGGUACGCAAGGUGUCUAGAAGAGAGUAAUUCUGCUAUGCAAACGUUCUGGAGCACUAUGAAAUUCUCUCUCGAGGGAAAAAAAAACGACAUGGCUGCUUGGAAAAUUUACAUAGAAAAAAUGGAAGACGAAAAAUAUUAUAAACGAUUACAUGAGGCAGUAGAAAACGCAAAAAAGGAUUGGAAAGUGAUCCUUGAAAUCUGCCGCAAUUACAAUGAAGACAAAGCCAACAGAACGAUGUAUCACUUUUUGUCCGUAAACCAUGCAUCAAUAACAAGUGAUCGUUUGGAAAAUCGAAAGAAAGAACUAAAAGAAAUCCUUGAGCCCGAUGCAAGUGAAACGACAAACUAAACGUGAACUCUUUGAGGAAGAUUGUGAAACAUUUACUGAUCCCCUACGAAUCUGAAUCGACCAGGGACCCUUUUAUCCAACUAGUUUUGUCUGCAUUUUCAGGUCUUCAUAAUACAUCACAUUAAUCAUUGUGUAGUGCAUCAAACAAUAACUCGACUUAAAAUAAUUUAAAAUAUAAUAUAAAUAUAAAAUCUCUCUUGAUAUAUAUUUUGUUAAAAUGUACUGAGAAACUUUUAUACGAAAGUGUCAGUUUUCAAUGUUCUCAACACAACAAUGGUAAUAUAUACGAAUUAAGUAACAUUGUACAUUAAGCAUAAUUUUUAUUAAUUUCAUUAUGACAGAGAAUUAUCGAAGUACAUUAUUCCAUUGUAUCAUGCAAUUACGCGACUUUGAAAUGUCAAACAUUGAUAAUGUUUUCCACAGUCUUAUCGAGUGGCAGAAAAACAUAAGCACCUGUAACAAAAUCAGAACUUGUAUAUUUUUAUUCUGUUGGACUAUGCAAUGUCCAUUCCAAAAAUUUACACAAUCUUUCAAUUGUUGUUUGUUAAUGAAACUUGUACAAUUAACCGCAAUGCUUACAUUCAAGCAUGUACAGGGACACGCUGUUUUUAUUUGUAUUUAAAGGCUUUCUUGCUGUGAACAAAAUUGUAACGUUUGUUUGAUGUAUUUCUUUAUUUUUCCUUUUAAGCAUGCAUGUCUCUUCUUUAUUUGAAAUAAUGUGCUAUAUCCAUUAAAUUGUUUUCAUUUUUGAGUUUGCUAUUUUUAAGUUACGCUUAAUAA